AUGAAAAUUGUUUUAGGAUGGGUUUUUGGAGAUUUUUUAUGUAAAAUGAAUCAAUUUAUACACGGAUUAAGUUGCACGGCAUCGAUAAUUAUAUUAAUUGUAAUAUCGAUAGAAAGAUAUCUUGCAAUAAUUCAUCCAAUUAGAUGCAAACAAAUCCUAACGAGAAAUAGGUUAAAGUUUUCCAGGGUAGAAUUUUCUUUUGUUUAUUGUUUAGAUAAAAAGCAAUAA